AUGGCGAAUGAUCCUUACAAAUCGGAAUCUUUGGAUGAAUGUAAGCAACUUUGCGAUUAUCCUAUGUAUAUACGCGGGAAAAUUGCUCAAAUUGAAGGCGAACUUGAUAAGGCUCUUUACUGGUUUGAAAAUGCAUUAGCAUUAAGCCCACAAAAUGCUAUAUACCUAAGUAGGAUUGGACAAGUCAAUUUUUUGCUCGGAAAUCACGAAAAAGCUGCAGAAAUUUUGCUGAAAUCAGUUGAAAAAGAUUCCACACAUGUUUGCGGCAUUAAUUUGCAGGCUCAAGAAUGUCUAACUUCAUUGAACAAUUUAAAUCAGUCACCUGAAGUACUCAAAUUCAUGGCUGAACUGUUUCAGAAAAAAAAAGAUUUCAGCAGUGCUGCUCGCGCUUACGAGCAAGUGAUUAAGAGUAACUGCAAUGUGUUUAAUGACAUUGGUGAUGAACAAAAAUUUCAGUUGGAACCAGACAAUGUUGAAGCCUUAACAAAUCUUGGGCUUUUGUAUUAUCAGGAAGGCAAAGAAAAUAAUGCCUUUGAAAUGUUUGGACGAGCAUUGAGCUACGACCCGACAGAUGGAAAUGCCAUUUUAGCUGCUGGUUCAAUUAUACAAACUAACGGAGACUUUGACGUAGCUUUAUCCAAAUACCGAGUUGCAGCUGAACGCUGUGAUUACAAUGGCUCACUGUGGAACAAUAUCGGAAUGUGCUUCUUUGGAAAAGGUAAACAAGUGGCAGCAAUCAGCUGUUUAAAAAAGGCUUACUACUUGUGCCCUCUCGACUGGAAAAUUAGCUAUAACUUAGGUUUGGUACAUCAAUCGAUCAAGCAGUAUGUUUCGGCAUACCACUUUUUUUCUGCUGCUGUCAACUUGAAUCCAACCUACGGAAUGGGCUAUGCUGCUCUGGCCGCUGUGCUAAGCCAUCUGGGCGAUCAAGCAAACGCUCGAAAAGCAUAUGAAAAAGCUAUCCAAUUAGAUGCAGAAAAUCCGCAAAUCUUCUACAAUUACGCAAUCUUUGAAAUGAAACAAAAGAAUGUGGAAAACGCCAUCAAAUUGGCAAAAAUGUGUGAAACUGCACUUGCUUCGUCCCAUCCCCAUUAUAAGGUUUGUAAAUUUUCUGUACAAAACGUAAAAACAGUACACUGGUGUUCCAAACAAAAUAUCUUAUGUAACCUUAAAAUUGCGUAA